AUGUCUCUGGCAAAGUUCAAAUCCGGUUCAAGGGCACGAGGGAUACUCUCUAUGCUUCUACCUAACACCAAUAAGCCAAAUAAUGUACCAGAAACUCAGCAGGAUUUUGAAAUGGAGAUGAACGAAUUGGAGGUUGCGUUGGGUGCAUCGGAAUCCUUUCAAAGAUAUAAGGCAGCGCACCAGAUGUCUAAGAUACAGGGCUCAGAAAUUUGUCUUGUUGAGCUGGAGGAAGAGAGAGAAGAAGCUACAUGGCUAUUACACGAGUUUCAGGCAGACGCUCAACAGAAGUACCAGCAGUUCACCGAAAGCCAGCAGGAAAUUGAUAAGCUUGAGGUGCUUGUAAAGACAUUAGAUAUCCUUAUUUCCGAGACAAAACCAGAUUCAACUGGUCGGAACACAGCAGAAGAGAGACUGCAGGAUUACCCCACAGCCACACACCAUAUUCCUGGAAAUUGCAUUCUCGCUGAUGCCGCCGACAUCAAUCGUGCUAAGCAGAUUGAGCUCGAAUACAUGUGCGUCGAUGACUUGAAGAAAUUGCGUUUUUUGAAAGUGAACAAGAACCAGAAGCUCGCCAAGAAGGACGAUGCUUUCCUUGCUUCCGAAGCCCUCAUCAACCAGAUCCCCCGUCUGGUCUCUCCAAGGCUGGAAAGUUCCCCACCUGUCUCCCACGCUGAGGAUCUCACCAACAAGCCCACUGAGGUUCGCUCCACCAUCAAGUUCCAGCUCAAGAAGGUUCUUUGCUUGGGUGUUGCUGUUGGCCACGUCCAGGUGAAUGACGACAAGGUCCUCGGAAACGUCAUGCUGAGCAUCAACUUCCUCGUUUCGCUGCUCAAGAAGAACUGGCAGAACGUCAAGUCCCUUCACAUCAAGACCAUCAUGGGCAAGCCCGUCCGCCUCUACUAA